GUCUUUUAUGAUGGCACCAUGUUUGCAUAUUUUGUUUGUUCUUCACCACCAUCCCCCCUUUCUUGGGACAGAAGCUAUAUUCAGUAUGUUUGUGAGAAAUGGUUGUAGAUGGGCUGCUUUUAAAAGAUAUUUUUAUGAGUUCUUCUAAACAUAGACAAAGGCAAUAAAAAUUCCCAACACUACAUAUAUUUUAAAAGACAUCAUUGUCACAUGAAGUAAUUUUUCUUGUGUUCCCCAAGGAACUGAAAAGUACAUUAUAGUCACUGUAAUCCUGCUGGGUAGAGACAGUGUCUUCUCUUUAUUCUUUGUUAUGCCUGAUAUUAUCUGUUCAGCAUAUUAAGAAAAGAAAUCUGUAUGUAGGAUAAUGCAUCUGUAUUUCUCUCAUUUCCAUGAGUACCACAAAGCCAGUACUUUCUCACCAUUUGGCCUUGCAGAGUAAGGUCCAAGUAGGAUUAGUUUUUUGUUUUAAUGUAUUCUUUAAGGGAAGGUGGUAAAUAUGUCUUCCUAAUCCACAAAGAAAAGGCAGGUUCCGUCUUCCUGGGCUGGGUACCCUCAGCACCAUGCCCACUGUGCUCACAGCCCCUGAGAACCUGGUUUCAUGGCAGACAGAAGGCAGAAGCCAGAUUUGUGCACCUCGGAGAAGGUAAAUAUCCCCUCUGAAAACGGAAACCCAUCCCGUUCUCCUACACAAGCGGGAUGAGGGUUAGCAGCGGGCGCUGGGGGUGUGAGGGGUGUGGAAUGGGAGUGUUUUCCCCCUUCACCGCUGCAGCGGGGUCCUUAGGGUCCCCCAUCCGCUUGACUCGCUGCCCUGCCCUGGCCAUUGUCCGCACACCUCUUCCCUUCAGCUUCCGGGCCGCGGGCAAGAUGAUUUGCUGCAGAUGACAUCAGCCCUGGGCCAACGGCUGGGAGAGCGGAGGCAGCCAACGCGUGAGGAUGUGCCGGGUGGUCCUUUCCUCCUCCUCUUCCUCCUCCUCCCCGGCUCCCUGCCUAGUCUCCAUAUAAAAGCAGCGCUGCCUCCCCGCCCUCUCUCACUCCCCGCUCCUCUCCGCCCCGCGCUCUAGGAGAGGGCGGAGGGGGAGGUGGCGCGCAGCGCCAGGAGGAGGGGGCACGCAGGGGGCGGAGCGGAGACAGCACCUUCGGAGAUAAUCCUCUCUCCUGCGGCAGAGGAGAGGAGUUGCCGGAGCCGGACACUUCGCCGAGGCUUAGCGGGCCGGCAGGAUGGCGACCGUGGUGGUGGAAGCCACCGAGCCUGAGCCGUCCGGGAGCAUCGCCAACCCCGCGGCAACCACCUCGCCUAGCCUGUCGCAUCGCUUUCUCGACAGCAAGUUUUACCUGCUGGUCGUGGUCGGCGAGAUCGUGACUGAAGAGCACCUACGGCGUGCAAUCGGCAAUAUCGAACUCGGGAUCCGAUCAUGGGACACAAACUUGAUUGAAUGCAACCUCGACCAAGAACUGAAACUUUUUGUAUCUCGACACUCUGCAAGAUUCUCUCCUGAGGUCCCAGGACAAAAGAUCCUUCAUCACCGAAGUGACGUUUUAGAAACAGUGGUCCUGAUCAACCCUUCAGACGAAGCAGUCAGCACUGAGGUGCGCUUAAUGAUCACUGACGCUGCCCGACACAAGCUGCUUGUGCUGACCGGACAGUGCUUUGAAAAUACCGGAGAGCUCAUUCUCCAGUCUGGCUCUUUCUCCUUCCAGAACUUCAUAGAGAUUUUCACCGAUCAAGAGAUUGGGGAAUUACUGAGUACCACCCAUCCUGCCAACAAAGCCAGUUUAACCCUGUUCUGUCCCGAGGAAGGGGACUGGAAGAACUCCAAUCUUGACAGACACAAUCUCCAAGACUUCAUCAAUAUUAAACUCAACUCCGCUUCUAUAUUGCCGGAAAUGGAAGGACUUUCCGAGUUUACCGAGUAUCUCUCAGAAUCAGUGGAAGUCCCAUCUCCCUUUGAUAUCCUAGAGCCUCCCACAUCGGGUGGAUUUCUAAAGCUCUCCAAGCCCUGUUGUUACAUUUUUCCAGGAGGAAGGGGCGACUCUGCAUUGUUUGCAGUGAAUGGAUUCAAUAUGCUCAUCAACGGAGGAUCAGAAAGAAAAUCCUGCUUCUGGAAGCUCAUCCGACACUUGGACCGAGUGGACUCCAUCCUGCUCACCCACAUUGGGGAUGACAAUUUGCCUGGAAUAAACAGCAUGCUACAGCGGAAAAUUGCAGAGCUCGAGGAAGAACAGUCCCAGGGCUCCACCACAAAUAGUGACUGGAUGAAAAACCUCAUCUCUCCUGACUUAGGAGUUGUAUUUCUCAAUGUACCUGAAAAUCUGAAAAACCCUGAGCCAAACAUCAAGAUGAAGAGAAGCAUAGAAGAAGCUUGCUUCACUCUCCAGUACCUAAAUAAAUUGUCUAUGAAGCCAGAACCUCUCUUCAGAAGUGUAGGCAAUACCAUUGAUCCUGUCAUUCUUUUCCAAAAAAUGGGAGUUGGUAAACUUGAGAUGUAUGUGCUUAACCCAGUUAAGAGCAGCAAGGAAAUGCAGUAUUUUAUGCAGCAGUGGACUGGCACCAAUAAGGACAAGGCUGAACUGAUCCUACCUAAUGGUCAAGAAAUAGAUAUCCCAGUUCCCUACUUAACUUCAGUCUCAUCUUUGAUUGUGUGGCAUCCAGCAAACCCAGCAGAGAAAAUCAUCCGAGUCCUGUUUCCUGGCAACAGCACCCAAUACAAUAUCUUGGAAGGACUGGAAAAGCUCAAACACUUAGACUUCCUGAAACAGCCCCUGGCCACCCAGAAGGAUCUAACUGGCCAGGUGGCCACUCCUGCUGUGAAACAAGUAAAGCUGAAACAGAGGGCUGAUAGUAGAGAGAGUCUGAAGCCAGCCACAAAACCACUUCCUAGCAAAUCUGUUCGAAAGGAGUCUAAAGAAGAAACCCCUGAUGUCACAAAAGCUAAUCAUGUGGAAAAGCCACCAAAAGUUGAAAGCAAAGAAAAGGUCACAGUGAAAAAAGACAAGCCAGUGAAAACAGAGACCAAACCUCCAGUGACAGAAAAAGAGGUGCCCAGCAAAGAAGAGCUGCCUCUGGUGAAAGCAGAGGUGGCUGAGAAGCAAGCCACCGAUGUCAAACCCAAAGUCACCAAGGAGAAGGUAGUGAAAAAGGAAACAAAGGCGAAAUCUGAAGAAAAGAAAGACGAGAAGGAAAAGCCAAAGAAAGAAGUGGCUAAAAAGGAAGAGAAAACACCUGUCAAGAAGGAGGAAAAACCAAAAAAGGAAGAGGUGAAAAAGGAAGUCAAAAAAGAAAUCAAGAAAGAGGUUAAGAAAGAAACCCCACUGAAGGAAGCCAAGAAGGAAGUUAAGAAGGAAGAAAAGAAGGAAAUUAAAAAGGAGGAAAAGGAACCCAAAAAAGAAAUUAAGAAACUUCCUAAAGACACCAAGAAAUUAUCUACUUCUCUAUCUGAAGCAAAAAAACCAGCUGCACUAAAACCAAAAGUACCCAAAAAGGAAGAGUCUGCCAAGAAAGAUGCUAUUGCUGCAGGGAAGCCGAAGGAGAAGGGGAAAAUCAAAGUUGUUAAGAAGGAAGGCAAGACCCCUGAAGCUGCAGCUGCAGCCGUGGGCACUGUGGCCACCGCGGCGGCCGUGACAGCAGCCGCCGCAAUAGCGACCGCUGGCCCCGCCAAAGAACUCGAAGCUGAGAGGUCCCUCAUGUCCUCGCCUGAGGACCUGACCAAGGACUUCGAAGAGUUAAAGGCUGAAGAGGUCGAUGUAGCAAAAGAUAUCAAGCCUCAGCUGGAGCUGAUCGAAGACGAAGAGAAGCUAAAGGGCACGGAGCCGGUCGAAGCCUAUGUCAUCCAGAAAGAGACAGAAGUCAUCCAAGGCCCGGCCGAGUCCCCGGACGAGGGGAUCACCACCACCGAAGGGGAGGGGGAGUGCGAGCAGACCCCCGAGGAGCUGGAGCCGGCGGGGCGGCAGGGAGCGGACGACAUCGAGAAAUUUGAAGAUGAAGGAGCAGGUUUUGAAGAAUCUUCGGAGACCGGAGACUACGAAGAGAAGGCCGAAACCGAGGAGGCCGAGGAGCCGGAAGAGGACGGUGAAGAAAACGCGUGUCUGAGCGCCUCCAAGCACAGCCUCGUGGAAGAGGAGAGUGCGAGGGCCGAGGCAGACGUGCACAUCCAGGCAAAGAGGGAGUCUGUGGCCAGCGGUGACGACCGGGCCGAGGAAGACAGGGACGAGGCCGUGGGGAAAGGGGAAUCCGAGGAAUCUGAAGAGGAGGGUGAUGAGGAGGACAAAGCUGAGGAUGCCAGAGAGGAAGAAUAUGAGCCCGAAAGAGCUGAAGCUGAAGACUAUGUGAUGGCCGUGGUUGACAAGGCUGCGGGGGCCGGUGGUGCCGAGGAUCAGUACGGAUUCCUUUCCACGUCAGCCAAGCAACCGGGAGCCCAGGCUCCUGCCCGAGAGCCUGCUUCUUCAAUCCAUGAUGAGACUUUACCCGGAGGCUCGGAAAGUGAGGCCACCGCUUCUGAUGAGGAGAAUCGAGAAGACCAGCCUGAAGAAUUCACUGCCACCUCUGGCUACACUCAGUCUACCAUUGAGAUCUCCAGUGAGCCCACCCCGAUGGAUGAGAUGUCUACACCUCGAGACGUGAUGAGUGAUGAGAUCAACAAUGAGGAGACGGAGUCCCCAUCUCAAGAAUUUGUAAACAUCACCAAAUACGAGUCCUCACUGUAUUCUCAGGAAUACUCCAAACUUGCAGUUACAUCACUUAAUGGGUUAUCUGAAGGGUCAAAAACAGAUGCCACUGAUGGGAAAGACUACAAUGCGUCAGCCUCCACUAUCUCACCCCCCUCAUCCAUGGAAGAAGACAAAUUUAGCAAAUCUGCUCUACGGGAUGCCUACUGCUCUGAAGAGAAAGACGUGAAAGCCAGCGCCACAUUGGCAAUUAAAGACACCAUCUCAGCAGUUUCAGAUGAGAAACUUAGUCCGUCCAAGAGCCCAUCCCUGAGUCCAUCUCCACCAUCACCCAUAGAAAAGACCCCCCUGGGUGAACGUAGUGUAAACUUUUCUCUGACACCCAAUGAGAUUAAAGUCUCAGCAGAGGCAGAGGCAGUCCCAGUGUCUCCUGAGGUGACCCAAGAAGCAGUUGAAGAGCAUUGUGCUAGUCCUGAGGAUAAGACGCUGGAAGUCGUGUCUCCAUCUCAGUCUGUCACUGGCAGUGCUGGCCACACACCUUACUACCAGUCUCCCACUGACGAGAAAUCUAGUCACCUCCCUACAGAAGUCAUCGAAAAACCACCAGCAGUUCCCGUGAGUUUUGAAUUCAGUGAUGCCAAAGAUGAGAAUGAAAGGGUUUCCAUAAGCCCCAUGGAUGAGCCUGUGCCUGACUCAGAGUCUCCUAUUGAAAAAGUUCUGUCUCCUUUACGGAGCCCUCCCCUAAUUGGAUCAGAGUCUGCAUAUGAAGGUUUUCUAGGUGCUGAUGACAAGGCUCUUGGUAGGUGUGCUGAAAGCCCCUUUGAAGGAAAGAAUGGAAAAGAAGGCUUUCCAGACCAAACAAGUCCAGUUUCUGACAUGAUUUCUACUGGUCCUUUCCAAGACAAAGAGGAAGGGAAAAGCACAGACUUUAUACCAAUAAAGGAAGACUUUGGUCAAGAAAAGAAAACUGACGAUGUUGAAGCCAUGAGUUCUCAACCAGGGCUGGCUUUAUAUGAAAGGAAGUUAGGAGGAGAUCUUUCUCCUACACAAAUAGACAUCAGUCAGUUUGGAUCUUUUAAAGAAGACACUAAGAUGUCCAUUUCUGAAGGCACUGUCUCAGACAAGUCAGCAACACCUGUAGAUGAGGGUGUGGCGGAAGAUACAUACUCUCAUAUGGAGGGUGUGGCCUCAGUCUCCACAGCUUCUGUGGCUACCAGCUCAUUUCCAGAGCCAACAACAGAUGAUGUAUCCCCUUCUCUGCAUGCUGAGGUUGGCUCCCCUCAUUCCACAGAGGUGGACGACUCACUUUCAGUGUCUGUCGUGCAAACACCUACCACUUUCCAGGAAACAGAAAUGUCUCCAUCUAAAGAAGAAUGCCCAAGACCAAUGUCAAUAUCUCCACCAGAUUUCUCCCCUAAAACAGCCAAAUCCAGAACACCAGUUCAAGACCACAGAUCUGAACAAUCCUCGAUGUCUAUUGAAUUUGGCCAAGAGUCCCCUGAGCACUCUCUUGCUAUGGACUUCAGUCGACAGUCUCCAGAUCACCCUACAGUGGGUGCAAGUAUGCUUCAUAUCACUGAAAAUGGGCCAACUGAGGUAGACUACAGUCCUUCUGACAUGCAGGACUCUAGUUUAUCACAUAAGAUGCCACCAAUGGAGGAGACAUCCUAUACCCAAGAUAAUGAUCUUUCUGAGCUCAUCUCAGUGUCUCAGGUCGAGGCCUCCCCAUCCACCUCUUCUGCACAUACUCCUUCUCAGAUAGCUUCUCCUCUCCAAGAAGAUACUCUAUCUGAUGUCAUUCCUCCCAGAGAUAUAUCUUUAUAUGCCUCACUCACCUCCGAAAAAGUGCAAAGUCUGGAAGGAGAAAAGCUCUCACCAAAAUCUGAUAUCUCUCCACUUACUCCAAGGGAGUCCUCUCCUUUAUAUUCACCUAGUUUUUCAGAUUCUACCUCUGCAGUCAAAGAGAACAUAGCAGCUUGCCACACUUCCUCUUCUCCACCAAUGGAUGCAGCAUCUGCAGAGCCUUAUGGCUUCCGUGCCUCGAUGUUAUUUGAUACAAUGCAACACCAUCUAGCCUUGAGUAGAGAUUUGGCCACAUCUGGUGUGGAGGACAGUGGGGGUAAGACACCUGGUGACUUCAGCUAUGCCUAUCGAAAGCCUGAAAAAACAACUAGGUCCCCAGACGAAGAAGGUUAUGAGUAUGAGUCUUAUGAGAAAACUGCCCGGACCCCAGAUGUGAGUGGCUUUUACUAUGAGAAAAUGGAGAGAACCACAAAAUCCCCAUGUGACAGUGGCUACUCAUAUGAGACCAUUGAGAAAACCACCAAGAUUCCUGAAGACGUUGGCUAUGCCUAUGAAAUUACUGAGAAGACCACACGGACCCCCGAAGAGGGCGAUUACUCAUAUGAGAUAAGUGAGAAGACCAUAAGGACCCCUGAAGUGAGUGGUUACAGCUAUGAAAAGACUGAGAGGUCUAGAAGGUUCCUGGAUGACAUCAGCAAUGGCUAUGAUGACUCUGGAGAUGGUAGCCACACACUUGAGGCCACACAUACCAGCUACUCUUUUGAGACCCCUGAGAAAACAGCCAGUUUCCCCGAGUCUGCAAGUUACUCUUAUGAGACACCUGCAGCAACUCUCCGCACCCCGGAUGCUUCCACAUACUGUUAUGAGACAGCACAGAACAUCACUGGAGCCCCACAGGCAACACCAUGUUCCUAUGAGACCUCAGACCAGUGCUACUCUGCAGAAAAGAGGUCUCCCCCAGAGGCCCGCCAGGACGUUGACUUAUGCCUCGUGUCCUCCUGUGAAUACAAGCAUCCCAAGACAGAGCUUUCCCCCUCUUUCAUUAAUCCCAAUCCUCUUGAGUGGUUUGCCAGUGAAGAGCCAACUGAAGAAUCUGAGAAGCCCCUCACCCAAUCAGGGGGAGCCCCACCGCCUCCAGGAGGAAAGCCACAGGGGCGACAAUGUGAUGAAACCCCUCCAACAUCUGUCAGCGAGUCAGCCCCAUCCCAGACUGACUCCGAUGUGCCCCCGGAGACUGAAGAGUGCCCCUCCAUCACAGCUGAUGCAAAUAUCGACUCAGAAGAUGAAUCAGAAACCAUCCCCACAGACAAAACCGUCACCUACAAACACAUGGAUCCCCCUCCGGCCCCCAUGCAGGACCGCAGCCCUUCUCCACGACACCCUGAUGUGUCCAUGAUGGAUCCAGAGGCCUUGGCCAUUGAGCAGAGCCUGGGCAAAGCUCUGAAGAAAGACCUGAAAGAGAAGACCAAAACCAAAAAGCCAGGUGCAAAGACCAAGUCAUCCUCACCUGUCAAAAAGGGUGACGGGAAGUCUAAGCCCUCUGUGGCUUCACCAAAACCAGCAGGCUUGAAAGAAUCCUCAGAUAAGGUGUCCAGGGUAGCUUCUCCUAAGAAGAAGGAAUCAGUGGAAAAAGCAACAAAGACCACCACCACUCCUGAGGUCAAAGCCACACGUGGAGAAGAGAAAGACAAGGAGACCAAGAAUGCUGCCAAUGCCUCCACAUCCAAGUCGGUAAAGACAGCAACUGCAGGACCAGGAACCACCAAGACGGCUAAGCCCUCAGCUGUGCCUCCAGGCCCCCCAGUGUAUUUGGACCUGUGCUAUAUUCCCAACCACAGCAAUAGUAAGAAUGUUGACGUCGAAUUUUUCAAGAGAGUGAGGUCGUCCUAUUACGUGGUGAGUGGGAAUGACCCUGCUGCUGAGGAGCCCAGCCGGGCCGUCCUGGAUGCCUUGUUGGAUGGGAAGGCCCAAUGGGGCAGCAACAUGCAGGUGACCCUGAUCCCGACUCACGACUCUGAAGUGAUGAGGGAAUGGUACCAGGAGACCCAUGAGAAACAGCAAGACCUCAACAUCAUGGUCUUAGCAAGCAGCAGUACAGUGGUUAUGCAAGAUGAAUCCUUCCCUGCAUGCAAGAUUGAACUGUAAAAACCAAGACCAGCCACACCACAGGAUUUGAACUUUGUUUCCAGAAAUUCUUCAAUUUGAAAUCACCUUUUCUAAAAAGUCAAUUGAUCUAAAUAAGUCGCUGAACUAUUUACCUGCCAAACGCUAUAUUGUGUCAUGGUGAUGCAAGUCACUAAUAUUUCUUAGUUUUUGCUGUUGCUAAGGGAAGUAACAGUAUUCCCAUACUAGGGUUCAAGUUACUGCAAAAUUACCUACCCCAGUUCACCUCUGCUGAAAUUUGGAAACCAUGCACCUGCAAUCCCAGCUGACUUCCGUUAGGUAAAGGCAUUUGUCUUAGAGAGAGAGAGAGAGAGAGAGAGAGAGAGAGAGAGAGAGAGAGAGAGAGAGAGAGAGAGGGAGAGCGAGUACACAACGAGAGAGAGAACCAGAGGGGGUGGGAGAGAGGAAUGAGAAAGAGACAGAAUGCAAGAGAAGGAGAUGUAAUGGUAGAGAGUGCUGGUGAGAUACCCAGAGAGAGAGAGAGAGAGAGAGCAGGGUGGGGUAAGAAGGAAAAAUAUAACCCACUGUUAAGGCUAUAUUUUCUCAGGCUGUCUGUAUUCUAUAGUCUACGCAGGCAAAGUUUUCAACUUGUGUCAGAAUCAUCAAAAAGGGUUUAAUUUUCUAAACAAUGUUAGCUGAAAGAAAACAAAAGGAACAAAACUUGCAAUGAGGUCAUGUGAGAUUUUUAUGCCUUAAUGAAGCUUCAUUUGAAGGCUGCACACUGACAUCACAUAGUGCACGUAGACUGGUCGGGCAAGUGGGCUGAACCCCAUUCAGAGCUCUCAGACUCUUCCAACACACAAGCAGAUUGAUCUAAGGCAUGCUCCCAGCAUUUGUGCACCCAGUUAGUCCACUGAGUCAAUUCACCUGCAUGCGGAAACACCCAGGGCCAUCCCAAUUAACAAGCAAAUACCAAAGCGGUUGGGAGUACAUAUGGUAGACAAUUUGCCUUAGAAAGUGACUUGAAUGUACAAAGAUAAUUGAUGCACUUAUUUUUUAAUGUGAGACAGCAAGUUUAUAAAACAUCCGUGUAGGAUUCUAGAUACUCCAGUUAAAGGAGCCUGUGUGUGCACGUGUGGGGUAUUAGAAACUGAUCUGAUGGGUGUAGCAGUUUGAUGCUGAGUCGUGCGUGUUGAAUACCACCUCGCUGCACCUGUGGUCCUCAGCCAAACCAGCUGAGCCUUUUGUAGCUUCUUUACUGCUGCCAGUUCAAUAUUGAGAUGGCUUUGCUGAGCAGAACUGGGAAAACAGUGAAUCUUAUGGUGGAAGAGGUUCUCAGCAAGUGUACAGUAUUUACCUUCCUUUGUCUUACAUUGGCUUCUUUUUUUUAAUUUUCCAUUAAUUUCAGCAUAAUUAUGGGAACAAAUGUACAGAAUUUUUUUUUAGCUAAGUGAGAACUUUUCAUAGAUGACCUUUUUAACAAAUGUUUUCAUUUACAGGAAAAUGCAAAGAAAAUUUUCAAGUGACAGUCUUUUUUUUUAAGUGUUUCAUAAGACAAAAAAAUAAUGAAUAAUGUUUUUUGAAGUUCUGGUGAGACUGAAGUCUGAUAAUACAGUAAGAAUAUUUAUUAAAACCCCCAUAACUACCAGUAAUAGUGAUACCUUCCACCCCUUGAUUCCCUAAACAUAAAAGUCUUGAAUAUGUAUUAUUUGAGAGUUGGGGGAGAAUGGCAUGGUAUGCUACUUGUCCAGGCCUUUCUUCACAGGUGUAUCACCCAGUGGUAUCCUACAUAAUUCUUUCAAGAUCUUCAACCAUGAGAUGAAAGAGCCAAGUUCAAAGAACGCUAGCAAAAAGCUGCUUUGGGAUUUUCUUUUCUGGAAAAAAAAAGAAAGAAAUAAUGCAUUGAAAGCAAAUGAAUUCCCAACUCCUACAGUGCAUCAUGUCGAGUUCAGGGAUCAUUUCCAUCAUUGUCAUCUUUGAACUAUGAACCUGGGAGCCAGAUCACGGGACACUGACACCAAGUUUCAAGCUGUAGAUCAAUGCACCCAGCGUUCAGAUGGGGCAAACUUCUCAGUGACAGCCGUGCUCUGCCCUGUCACGCUGGGUUUCCUGCAGACUCUAAGAUCUACGGAGUAGUGAACAGUGACCUCAUUUUAUUUUCUAUCUUAGUUAUUUAUUUCAAAAUUAACAUUUUAGUUUAUUUUUGUCUGGUAAGUGUAUGUUUUGCACUGCUAACUACUAUGAGGGUUUCAACAGUGCUUCUUCAGGGUCCCUCACUGAGGACCUGUGCAGUCUACUUAAUGCUGUGAAUUACAUUUUUCAAAUGUUUAAUUUUUAAAAAAAUUAAUAUUCUAUUUUUUUUAGGCUUCUCUAGAGAUGCAGCUUUUAUUUAUUACCCCAUUUCUUUCAAGUACUUCCAAAUAACACAUUGAUAAAGGGUACAAAAAAUUAACACACAAUGGAAAACUCACUGUGACAAAAAUGGAUUUCACAGAGUGUAAACUCAUAGACUUCAAGCUUAUUUUAUGAGACAACCUAGAUACUCAAGAUAAUUAUUUAAUGGUUAGUUGUUAAGUUGAGUUGGCUGGAUCCACAUAAUGCAUGGGAAAAGAAAUAGAUUUCCAGCCUUUUUGCCAAAUCGAUACCUCUGGUUGAUUUUUCUUUGAUAGAAGUUGGAAUUAUUUUCUAAUUUCCCCAAUGAAAUUUAACGUGUGCAUUUUCCUUUUUAAAAAAAUGCAAAAUUUUGGAGAAUUCUAGCCAAUCUUCAAUUAUAGCCUUUAUAUCCCACUCCUUUUUCUUUUUUCUUUUUCCUUUUAUGCAGUGGGAUUUAUUGGUAAAAUACACAGAAGCUGUCACUGGUUAGCUGGCUCUUUUUCCUAUGAAACACAUCCGCACCGUUCUCCGUCCAUUGUUCCUCAGUGAUGACCACAGAGCCUGAGUAUUCCAGGAGAAUCAAUAUUGCAUUACAGGUUGCUCCUGUCCUUCCAGACACCUUUCCUACCUGUGUGACUAACCUAAUUUUGCUAGUUCCAUAAACACACAUUACUUAGUUUAGUAACAGCCAUCACAAUGUACCAUGUACAUUUAUGAUGAGAGCUAAAGAUUGACACAGACUUCUAGGAGCUUUAUUCAUACUGAUGACUUAAUCUGAUUGUAUAGAUUGAAUAUUUGAGUGGAAGGAAUUGACACUCUGUUGAAAGGAUGGGACUCCAUGGAGAGAGCAGUCAUCAUGACCUUUUUGGUAGUAUACUUAAGCAAAAUUCUACAGACACUAAAUGUUAGAGAUGAUCCUCCAUUUUGAAUUUUAACUAAUUCUGCCCCCUUUCUCAAAACCCGACCCCCUUGCAUGCUUUCUCAGUCUUGUGGUGGGACUGGAUACAAUGACUGACUCCCCCAGCCCCUGCCUCGCACCCCAACGCCAUUUCUCAUGGAGUUCCAAAAGAUGUUUUUUUUCUUAACCUUACUUAACAUAGUGAAUGGUUUCCCCAGUGUAUAUGAAUGUUUUAAAUGUCUCCCAAUAGCUUACGCAGUUUAGGAGCUUUUCAAUAUUCGUUUGAUAAGAUUCAGUCAUUUGCUAAUGGAAAUUUUACCACCUUUCAUUUUCCGAUACCAAAUUUCAGCUCUCAGGAGCUGCUCUAUGAUCCCGAAGCCGCUCUUCUUGCCUCCCUCUAGUCACCUGUCACAGGAGGUUCUUGCUCUGUAAUGAUAAUGUGAAUCAGCUUAAUAACUCUUUUUGUGCUUCAGAUUUAGAAGAUCCUGUUUCCAUUCAAAAGGAAUUGUAAGCUUUUAUAUUCUAACCAACUGAACAACACAUCAAAAGCAGUCUAGGGAUGAGCAUUUCUUUGAAAGCAAUUAGGUUAUUCACCUGGUAUUAAAACUAUUUACUAUUUUUUAGAAAUCUGUGACUUUAUUCAUAAAAAAGGCAGCAUCAAAAACUGAAAAGGAAGGGAAAAAAACAAAUAGCUUCUCUGCACUCGUUUGGAGCUCCCCAAAACAGGAGCCAUCGAGGUGAGGCACGGAGGCGGGCUGCCCUUUGGGAACAAGGGCCGCGAGGCAGAGUGGUGCCCGGGCGCGGCACGCAGCCCUUCUCUUUCUGACCCUGACAAGAAGUGGUCUGGAGCCUGGCUGAGAAGCACGUCCCACUCCUCUCUCGUUCUGAAUGGUGUUUGUGUCAGUCUGCAGCUGUGUAUGGUAUGUCUUAUAAUCCUGCAUCACUUCUAUCCUAUCCAGUCAUAUCUAAUGUAGAAAAUUAGUUUUCAGUGAAAGUAAUAUGUAGUGCUUUUAUGAUAUUUGUGUGCAAUAUCCCCUCUUCCAUUGAGGAUAUUUGAUGUAAAAGAAAAAAACAGUUCCACAAUAAAAUACAAACGUGGCGGAA